CCUCCAUAUCAUGUGAUUCAGGUGUUCCAAUCCCCUCCAUAUCAUGUGAUUCAGGUGUUCCUAUCCCCUCCAUAUCAUGUGAUUCAGGUGUUCCAAUCCCCUCCAUAUCAUGUGAUUCAGGUGUUCCAAUCCCCUCCAUAUCAUGUGAUUCAGGUGUUCCAAUCCCCUCCAUAUCAUGUGAUUCAGGUGUUCCAAUCCCCUCCAUAUCAUGUGAUUCAGGUGUUCGAAUACCCUCCAUAUCAUGUGAUUCAGGUGUCCCAAUCCCCUCCAUGGACACAGGUGUAUACAAUCAAGCCCCUAGGCAUGCAGACGGCUUCUACAAAC